CACCGGUACCAGUACCAUGCGUGAUUGUUAUUGAGGACCUAAUGUGUAAUGUCUAGAAUAAUGAAACGGACUGCUAGAUAUCUAGGUAGGUUCACCAGAGCUGUCGAAGUAGGGGGUUUGGAAACUUCAACUACCUAGCUACCUCCUUCCUACCUCCCAUUUGUACCUAGGUACCUAGGUGCUUUGCAAGGUGUGUAUAGAUUUCUUUACCGAGUUCAUGCGCACCUACAUGUGUCAUGAAUAAAACCAAUCUUCUAAAAAUAGCCUAGUCUAGCGGUUCAGAUUAUGGGUAUAGGUAUGUAUGUACAUAGGUGGUAUCAAUGGCCUUGGGAAUUCCAGGCAGACGCUUAUUUCUUACGGGCAUGCGAUGGAGGUACAUAGCCCACUGGUUCCACUUUCGCCCCCCCCUCCCCCCUGAAACUUGAGUAUGCAUAGGUAUGUAUAAGCACCUAAGUAGUCAGGUAAGUAAGUAGGUAGCGAGAUGAUAGUUCAGCACCUCCAGGCUGGGCAUAUUCCUAUACUUCUAUCAACGAUACUAUCUAUCAUCUUCCUGGAUCUUCUUAUUCUUUCCAGGAUGGAAGGGUGCCAGGGGAGCAAGCUCAGCAAACCAAGUCUAACAAGACGUCCUAUCAAGAUCAAAGACUUCACCUACCAGCACCUCGCGGACGGCGAGUUCCGCCUCCUGGCCAUCGAGCCGGCAGACAACCUACAGUCGCCAUUAAAGGCCAGACUUACCCACGCGUCGAUGACGGCUCCGCCCAGCUACCACGCGCUGUCGUAUACCUGGGGCCCGCCCGACCCCGCCUUGUACAUGCUCUGCGAGGGGAGCCAGAUGCGCAUCACGAAGAGCCUGCACGACGCGCUCUGCCAGCUGCGGCGCCGGGAUGAGGCGAUCACGGUGUGGGCGGACGCGGUGUGCAUCAACCAGGCAGACGACGCGGAGAAGUCGAGGCAGGUGGCGCUGAUGCGGGAGAUCUACGCGCGGGCCUCGUUCCUCUUCAUCUGGUUCGGGCACCCGGCCGAGCCUGACGACGCGGGCUUGGCAUUCGAAGCGCUGGGGACCCUCGAGGAGAUAUUUCUGAGGCACGCGGGCGCGGAUCACCUGCGCCUGCCCUGGCCCGAGGAGCACGGCGCGAGAUAUGCGGAGUGGGGAUUGAAAGCAGACGAAGACAUAAUCGGAUCCCCCGAUAUCCGCGCCGAGCAUUGGGAAGCCCUCGGGAGGUUUUACCUAGCGCCGUGGUUCAGCCGCGUCUGGAUCUUCCAGGAAGCCGUCUCCUUCGGCGGCGACCCGGCGUCGCACAUGACGGUAGCGUACGGGGCGCGCAGACUGUCGUGGGAUACGUUCGCCAAGGUGACGGGCGGGCUGUCCAUCUUCAGCGGUGUGCUCCGUCGGUUGACUACCGCAGCGGGUCUCGCGACGCAGGAUAAAUUCCCCUGGUUCAUCGUGCGGGCGAUACAGCUGGAUCGCAAUAGCUACACGGUGACGGUCCCCGUGCGCGAUGGGGUUGGCGUCGGCGAAGAGGAGGUCGUGGCGCUCCUGAAGCCAGGGCAAGGCGCUAAGCUGUGCGCGCUGGUUAGCGUUGAGUUCAUUCACGGCGAGGAGGGAGGAGAGCCUGAGACUGGAGCUGCGCGACAAGGAAGCAUGCGCCGAGUAAUUGAACUUGUUCGCGAUUCGGCCGCGAAACUAGACCUGGCGCCGGUCAGAUGCACGAUCAAAUUCACAUCCGACUGUUUCCGCACCACGGGCGGGAUCAACAGCUUCCUGUUCCACCACCUCAAUCUCGGGCGCCGGCUGUUCAGCACGGAUCCCCGGGACAAGCUGUUUGCGUUUUACGGCAUCUUGCAGGAUGAUGUAGGGGCCAAUGCUUUCCUGGUGCCCAACUACGGCAAGAGCGUGGUGGACGUGUAUAUCGACAUCACGCUCUACUUUAUCCAGCGCGAAUCAUGUCUCGAUAUAUUCGAGCUUCUCUACGACCAGCCUCGCGGCGGCUCUAUGAUGGCGAUCGCUGGCCUGCCGUCCUGGGCAAACGACUGGACGCAGACGGCGGAGCUGGAAAAGUUCCACACGACGGAUUUUUCGGCCGGGGGCUCCAAUUACCUAGGCAUGAGUUUUCACGCGCAAAACCUCAGACUGUCGGAUGACAGGAGGAGGCUAGGUCUACAAGUGUAUCCCGUCGGGACGAUAUACUACCACGUCCCGCCGCAGGACGAAUACACAUACGAGUACAUCCGCUCGAUGACCGAGUCGGGCAACUGGCCGUACGAGCACCGGCAGCUCGCCGCGGACAUGGCGAAAGAGGCGGGGAUUCUAGAGCCGAUGUUGGACUACUUCCAGUACAUCGACUGCCUGGGCCGCAUCAAGCUGCUGGAAUCCACGUUCACGUCGGCGUUCGACAGCAGCGAAGACAUGGCAGGGCUGCCGCCGCCAAGCAAGAUAAUCGAGUACUACACGGGCGAGACGCUCUACGAGACGUUCUGGCGCACGCUGGUCUGCAACCUCGAUAAGGAGGGCGCGCGGGCAGGCGACUGGGUCGCGGAGGCGUUCCAGGCGUACCACGACGCGUACGAGCACCUGUUCCAAUCGGACCGGACCGUGGAUAUCAGCAAGGAACAGAGCGAGCUGAGCCGGAAGUUCCAGAUGGAGCGCGAUAGGUAUACGCGGCGGCGGCGGUUCUGCGUCGCGAAUACUGGGUUCAUCGGGUGGGCGCCGCGGCGGGCCGCGGUGGGGGACACGAUAUGCGUGAUCCCGGGGGCGAGGACGCCGUAUGUGAUUAGGGAAUCUUGCGAGGAGAAAAAUGAGUGGGAGAUUAUUGGCCAUGCGUAUGUGCAUGGGCUGAUGGAGAAUGUUGUGGAAGAUAAGGAUGUUGGGCUCACGGAGAAAGGCAGGGAGUACUUGGGGCAAGACACGCUUCCUAUUGAUAUUUGGCUAGUUUGAUGGGAAUGGGGAAUUGGUGCUACCUACUGCCUUCUUUAGGUUGUGUCCCUUCUUAGAUAAACUGAGGUAUUUGACCUUAGGCGGUGGCCCUGACAUCGCAUAUUCUACUUAAGGCAUGCCUACGCCUCAGGAUUUCGUGCCUAGAUUUUAGGCCCAGCUGUCUUACAUAACAUCAAUGAUGAUUAUAACAGUCAAGGAGUCCAGUCGGAUUUUUUGACGCAUGAUGAAAGCUGUUGACGUAGUUUAGUUGAAGACCCUUUGCGAAUUUGAGCAAGUCAAG